CCACCCGACCCAACCGAACCAACCCGGCUAUUCCAUUCCCCUCUCAUUUGGACCCCAAGGCCCAUCCCAGGUCGCACGCUGAUCUCCGCACCCGCCACCCGCAAUGGUGGUGUCCGAUUCCCCGAAACCCCAACCAACCCCCUCGCCGCCGGCGCCACCCCCACUUCCGGUCCCGGCGGCGGCGGGGACGACGAUGGGGGAGCUGGAGGCGGCCAUCGAGGCGCUCGCCGCCAAGAAGCUGCGCCUCCGCGAGGCCUUCGAUUGCCUCGUCGCCUGCUCCCCCAUCCCCAUCCCCUUCCGCUGGGACGACAUCGACGCCCACGUCUCGUCCAUCCAGUCCUCCGUCGCCGGCCGCUUCCGCCAGUUCCAGGCGCUCCAGACCGCCGCCACCGCUGGAAUAACGGCGGCCCCGGCCACCAGCAACGCCAGCAGCCGCGUCGAGCGUUCGGUCGAACACCUUGUGGUGGUGGUGGAGGGCCAAGAGUCCCACGUCGCGCGCCAUGAGGACGGUGGAAACGGUGAGGGUGAGGGUGAGGGUGAGGGUGGGCUAGGCAAGGAGGUGGCUAUGGACGUAGAAUCCGAGGAGGAGAACGGCAUGGUGGUGGAGGUGGCAAGCGAGGCGCCUCGCGGAGAAGACGGUGAGGUGGAGGAGGACGAGAAGAUGGGGGGGCCAAUCAAUGCGUCUCCUCCUAGCGAAGAAAUCCAUGGGAAGGGCGCGGACAUGUCGAGAAGAUGGGGGAAUCCCAUGGAAAUGUCGGCCGACGUGGACGAUGCGAAGACCAAGACGACGGCGACGGCGGCGGCGGCGGAACUGACGGCGAUGGCGAUCUCUCCGAUUCCGGGAUUCACAGGCAGAGGGGGCGCGGAGGCGUCGCUGAGGCGGUCUCUCGCGGCGGCGUGCGCGAGCAUGGACUCGUCGAGCCUGGCGCGCAUCCUGUGCUCGUCCGGCAGCAGCAGCAGCAGCCACGCCACCCUCGCCGCACGUCACUUCCGCCCGGCGCUUCUCGCCGCCGCCGAACCCGCGGCGCUCGUCGUCCGCGCCGUCAGGGACCUGCUGGCCGGGACGGCGCCCAUCAGGGACAGCGCGUGGGAGAGCUGCGUGGAGCUGCUCAGCUGCGUGCCCAAGCUCGCCGUGGCGCCGUCGCCGGGCACGAUGGAGCAGGCCAAUCGCUUGGCCGAGGACUGGAAGGAGAUGAUCGGGAGGACCGAAAGUUGCAGCAUGAACCUCGGCCGGUUGGCUGUAUGGGGCCUUCUCAACUUUCUUGUCUCCUACAACAUUGUCCUGGAGUUCGACGCGGAAGAAAUCAUCCAUUUCUUUGGCACUCUCCCGGACGACAAGAAGCAGUGUUGCAUCUCCCUCUGCAAGUAUCUUGGACUGAUUGACAAGAUGGCUGAUUCAGUUGGUCAUUUGAUUGAACAUGGACAACAACUUGUCGCUAUCAGAUUGGCAUGCACUUUGAAUUUGACAGACAAAUACACUCCACUUUCCAUCAUGGAAGACUAUAUUCAGAAUGCUAAGGAGACUGCUCAAGAGAUACUGAGCAUGGAAAGUGAUUCAGAGUCACUGAAACUGUCCAUGUCAAAGCAGGUCAAUGCUCUAAUAUUGUCAUGGAGGGUUGUUGGUGAAUGCAAUAUUGACUCUGUCCAUUGUGAUAGAAUUAAGGCAGAAAUUACCCAGCUGUUGCAUAAAUAUGCAAACAAGAGGCACAGCCUAGAAGAACUUCCUUCUGAUACUUCUAGUCCACAUCAGAAACAUCACCAAAUGUCGCAAGAGAAGCACCACUGGCAGCAAAAGCAUCGAGAGGAACAACAGCAGCAGUUUCAAAAUCAAUCCAAGGAACAAGAACAAGAGAGAAGGAUGCAAAAGUUACGAGAGCUGAGGAAAAAGAAAAACAAGAGAACUCAGCGCAGGAAGCGGAAGCAAAAUGCACAAGUGAUGAAGCAGCAUCAAUUUGAGAAACAGCGAAAACUAUAUCACGCUGGUUCAUUUACCAAUUCUCAAAGCUAUGUCAGAUCAGAAAUUCACCACCACCUCAGCCAGCAUUUUUCAGGAACUAUAGGAACACCUGUUGCACCAUAUACACCUGUUGCACCAUAUACCGGACCUUUUUGGUAGCUAGGGUCCAUAUAUAAUGGACCGGGUUCAUCCUGCCUACAUUCAACUAUUCAAGUCAGAGUAGUAGUACUUGAUACCAUUACUGUUUGACUGAACUGAAGAUAAAGAUAGUAGAAGAGAACGGAAAUUGCGCUGGUCGCAGAAAAACAGAAGUCAAUGCUGAUUGGCCAGUGUAGCUUUGCACUGAUUCAAAUUUAUCUUGUUGCACUACUACUUUCUAUAUGCAAUGUACAAUUAGUUACUUUCAUGGUGCUGAAUUGUUAUUAAUCAGCUUCCGUGGAGGCUCCUAAUGCCUCCGCUAG